UCCUCGCUGGUGAUUGGCCGCCAGAACUGUAGCUCAGGAGAGGCAAACAGGCGGCCAAUCACCGGCGAGGAGGUGGAGCUUGGAGAGGAGAAGCUGAGCGGCACCGCGAAGAUCGAGCGAGUGAAGAGGAGGAGAGCGGCCGGAGAAUGAAGACAGCUGACCGAGGGAGGGAGUGAGCCCAGGCUGGAGCAGGGGUCAGCAAGGUAAGUAUCAUUGGUGUCAGUGGGAGGAAUAGUGCCCAAUCAUUGGUGUCACUAAUACCAAUGAUGGGGCACUAUUCCUCCCCCCACUGAAAUCAACAAUGGGGCACUAUUCCUCCCCCCACUGACACCAACGAUGGGGCACUAUUCCUCC